UUUCGGCGUUAUUUAAUAUGUUUAUUAUUUUAACAACUGUACGUUGGGUUUUGUUUUUGCAGCCAAUAGCUGAUCAGAACGUGGUGACGUUACGCUGUUUGCCUUCUUUCUCCCUACCUUCUGUAAGACCAUGUCUCUGCCAAUGAUUGGGUUCACGGCCCUGCCCCACGUCGGAGGGAUUCUUGGUGGCUUCAUCAGACGCAGGGAGGUCUACACCUGGUACGCAAGCCUGAAGAAACCCUCAUGGUGCCCACCGAACGGAGCGUUCCCUGUGGUGUGGACGAGUCUUUACACAGGGAUGGGGUAUGGAUCCUACCUAAUUUGGAAAGAGCUUGGGGGUUUCACUGAGGAUGCAGUGGUUCCGAUGGGACUUUAUGGGCUGCAGCUCGCUCUGAAUUGGGCAUCAGUUCCUCUUUUCUUCGGUGCACACAGCCAAAAAUGGGGUCUAAUUGAGAUCGUGCUUCUGGAUGGGGCGAUUGGAGCCACCAUGUUGUCUUGGUAUCCCAUUAACAGCACCGCCUCUCUGCUCUUAGCGCCAUAUCUGGCUUGGAUGUGUUACACCACCGCCAUCCGUUACUGUAUAUGGAGAGACAACCCUAAUAAAAAAGAGUAGAGUACAGUUUACAGUAUUUUUCUAGGUCAUUUCUGUACAACCAAUCAGCAUGUGUAACCUAAAAAAUAAUUAGUUUUUUCUACCAAAUUACAUGAUAGUCUGAUUCUAAAAGCAAUGAUUGAUGGGUUUUUUUUUCUGUGUGGUAAGGGCAGCUAUGAGGUAGUCAGCUUCUAAAAACUAUUAUUAUGGUAUUACUGAGAAAAUUAACUAUGUACCUCCAGCUGUUAAUCAAUUUUAUUUACUUAUUUAAUCCUGUACUGUCACUGGGCACAGGACAGGGUACACCAAGGACAGGUCACACUCACCUUCGCACACACAGGAGCAGCUUAGAAACUUUGUAAAUUUCUUAGAAGCUAUCUAAUUAAAUCAGAUCGUUUUUAUUUUGAGUAAUGUGUAGGCUAAUUUGAACUUAAACUACGAAUGUCCAAAAUUAUUGAGCAACAGAAACCUUGUAUCUAACAGGCUCCAUUGUAACUGGUUUGGAAUGCUCUUCUUUCUAUGUAAUUUACAUGUUUGUUUCUGCAAAGUUUUUUCUGGUAAUACUCUUGACCAGCAACUUGAGCUUUUUGUUUUUUAGCCCCAGAAAAAUUUAAUAAACUGAAGUGCCUGGACGAGAGACGUUUGCUAAAAGGCUUUUGUCUCAUCUCUGUACUCUUUUCAGUCAUGAAUUAUUGAAUAAAACCGUGCCACAUAAAGUUU